UAAUGGUGAAUUUAAAGCUGGUAUUUCCAAAAACAGCCAAACUCGUGAACAUGCUCAUUUGGCUUAUGCUCAUGGUGUAAAACAACUUAUUGUUGUUAUCAAGAUGGAUAAAAGCUGGUCAGAAGAACGUUGCAACGAAAUCGUUAAAGAAGUUUCUGGCUUUAUCAAACGUACUGGGGUAAAACUAAAGGAAAUACUUCAUGGAAGCUAUCGAUUCUAUUUAAGACCCGAGUUAGCCUAUCGAAAAACCUCUUCGUCUUCCACUUCAAGCCGUUUACAAAUUUGGUGGCCCCAGAAGGUCGUGUCGAAACUGGUGUUAUCAAGGCCGUUGAAGGAUUACUUGGUGACAACAUUGGUUUUAAUGCCAAAUCAAGAAAAUUCGUUGAUGUAUGUCUGCUCUAAUUCUAAGAACGACCUGUUAAGGAAGCUGCUUCCUUCCAAGCUCUAG